AUGCCCUACUCUGAAAGGUCGCCUCUGCUUGGACCAAAACGAGUUGGUGCACGUCGACGGUCCUUGUCGCCUCUGCCUGCGCCGCUGCGUCGUCGAGCGAGUCUGAUCGGAGCUCAUGCCGCCGGGGGAGGAGGCGCUGGGAGUGGCAGUCGGAACGCGAUCGACGACGACGACCAAUGGCACCACCUCACCGAGGACGACAUCGCGAUCGAAGGCAUGGUGCUCGUACUGCUGAGUGAGCUCGAGCAGAGGGGGUACACGAUCCCAUCCGGUCUGGUCGAUGUGCCGCUCGACAUGCCCGUGGAAGAGGCCGAGGCCGAACAAGCGCUCUUUCGCACCGUGUUCGCCGUACCGAGGCAUCGUGGCGUGUUGGAGCAGUAUCUGCCUUACCUGGCGAGAGCGACCGUCGCACCCCGCGAGCGACCACGGCCGCGAUCGCCCUUGAGUGCAACACAGCAAUCCCAUCCCCGGCAGCUCGCCGCUCAGGAUGGGUCAGCCGCCCCACACCUCGUUCACUCCACCUCGCACUCGUCGACGUCCUCUUCCUCGGCAGCCACCACGGCCCCGACAACCGCAGCGGGCGAAGCCAAGCUCACGCCCAACGAGAACAAGAACGAUGACCAACUCGGCAAGGACGAGGCCACCCAACACCCCAAUGGACAGGCACCUCCCUCCGCGCCUCCGCACACGCCGACCCCUUCACCGUCCUACCUCGAACUGCCGUGGUCCGCCAGCGACAUUAUAUCUUCCCCCUCGGCACUGCUGCUGUGUGCACUCUUGUCGCUACUCAUCUCGCUGCAGGAAGAGGUCACCGCGGUGGUGCAAGAGACCGAUCGCGGCGUAGAUGGCGAGCUGCGCAUGUUCAAGGCACGUCGUGAUCUCGGCGAACGACUCUACGCAGUCGUCGGGGGUCUCCUCGACAGCUACCUCCUAACGGGGGAUGCUCAUCCCGCACGCUCGGCAGGUGACGAUAGCGACAGCCGACACAGCCGCGAAGAGCCCGAGGAUGCGCUCGUCACCCUUCUUUUCCACGAUUUCCCACUCCACUACGACUCGACUGAUCGAGCCACCUGUGGUCAGUACUUGAAGUUUCUGAUCGAAUGGUAAAGGGUUGUCUAACUGCUUUUGGAAUUUCUGUCCCCACUUCAGCUCUCGAUCUCUUGCUCAACCUGACCUCUUACCCAUUGGUCGAGGCUGAAGAUCUCGUCUCGCACCCCGUCAUCCUUGCCAGCACCGAAUACGUCUGGCGCAAUGGUCUGCUCCCGCCUCCGCGCCCGGGCGAAGACACCUCGCUUUCUUGGACCGAAUCUUUUGUCCGCCUCGACCGCUUCUCGAUUCCUCGCAUCUUGCACGCGCAAACCUACAUCCACUCGACCCUCCAUGCCGCGGCAACCAUCUACAUCCUCACCUUCUCCGCAUAUGCGCACUUUGAUUCGCUCAACCCCCUCGAUCCGACCCUUCCAGCCAAGAACCCGCGCAUCCCCGAGCAUGGGCGGCCCCAAAAGACGUGGAGUGUGCUGACGAGUUUGGUGUGGUGGUUGUGGGUUGCGGGAGUAUUUGGGUGGGCCGCGGAGGUGCUUCGCGCAUGGGUGAGUCAUCCGCCGAAGCUUAAGUGGGGUAGCCUUGGCUGAUAUGUCUGCAUACUCCAGCACCAUCGAGGUCCGCACCCGUUGCUUCCUCUGUCGCCAUCGACCCUCCUCCCUCUUCUGCAUCACGGACUCGUCCUGGCUUCCUUGCUGCUUCGACUGUCGGGUCUGAUGUGGAAGCGACCCCCGGCGUUCCUAUUCGCCUCGUCGCUGUCACUACUCGCAUGGUCGAUCCCCUUUCUCGCCGCUUCGCGCAUCUUGCCCCAAAAUCUGCCCAUGUUUGGUUCGCCGACACACAUGCGGUGGGAGAAGAUUCGGGACGGACGGAGACGACGAGACGUUGGGUAUCGCCCGCCACCCAAGACGGUCCCUGUCUCUCACCGUGCUCUGAGGUCCCUCGAGGCGCAGUUGGGAGGAUUGGUUCAGUUUGGGUCUUACUUCACAGUACUUGGAUUGCUGUUGCUGUGGUCGCUCAGUGGAGAACUCGACUACCCGGGGUUGUUCAUGGCCCCCGUGGCCGUCAUGGAUUCGGUUUCGACCUAUCUCAGCGUGCCCAAGCAAGGACCAGUAUCGCCGAUCGAAGCCCGGACGACGCUGGCAUUCACCUUUAUACUCGGUGUCGUGUUGGCGUACUUUGCCGGUGGACGACCUUCCGAGUCGGGCAAAACGAGUCGACGACACAAAGAGCUAGACGACCUCGACGGGUGGGAUCGCUACGGUCGAGAAGUCGCGUUCCGAGCCCGACGAGAGCGACUAGCCGUGAACCGCUACUUCUCCUUCGUCCCCCCACCUCUACACCACCAUAGUCUGGAAAGCGUACCCAGUGCAUUCGGGAUGCCGCCUUUACCGAGUCCGUUAAAUUUAUGGAUCGCACCGUUGGCGUUGAGUGGGUUCAUUGCGCGACGGUGGUUCGGGAGGGAGGAUUGGGCUAGGAGGGUGCAUGAACGGGGGAGGUUGUGGAUUUGGCGAGCUGGGGUUGCUCCGUUGGGGUUGUGGGCUGUGAUUGCUAAGGGCGUCCGCACGGUGCGACAAGUUGAUUAA